AUGAAGUUACCCUGGGAUCCUAAGGCUAACAGUACCAUCAUAUCUGAUGUCAGCUGUAUUCGCCCCUUUGCUAAAGGAUUGCUUAGUGAGCAAUGGGAAGCAGUUACUCAUGAAGCUGAAAUUGAAGCAAUGGCUCACUUGUUUUCUGCUGUCAGUAAAGAUAAAAAGCAUCUCUCAGUUCUCUUUGAUCCUACUGAUUAUGCCACUACUGCAUUAACUACAACAACAAAGCUUAAUUCUGUCCUUCAUCAAGUAGUGAGAAGUGCCAUCAUUGAUAUUACAAGGAAUAAGCUAAUAAUAAAAACUCCAAUCAGUUGGGUUCUCUUUCGUAAAGUUCUUCAGGCAUUAGAAGAAAAUAUUGUCAGUCUAUCCCUUGCUAUGGAGGUUGGCCGCGCUUGCAAUAUUCCUCUAGAAGAUGUACCUCAGGUUCUCUUAUUCUAUCAUGAUUUGGGAUCUGUUCUAUAUUAUCCUCAACUAGAAGGUCUGAGAGAGAAAGUCACAGUUGAUCCAAAGUUCUUUAUCGAUGCUCUUGGAAAGAUCUUCACAUUUCAAGCUAGCACUACACAUGUCAGGGAGUGGGAGAUAUUUCAUCAAUAUGGUAUCCUCACACAACCACUGUACACAUCAGUCUGGAAGGAAUGUGGAGACCUAAAGCCUGAAGAUUUCAUUGAAGUAUUGUUACACUUUCGCCUUGCUGCUCAAGUUGAGGAAGAUCAAAUCUGUUCCUCACGAUACAAACAAUAUUUCAUUCCUGCCAUUCUCAAGCUGUGUCAAGAUAGCACCAUAGCUACACACAGCAAGAAGCUUGAGACUGCAUCGCCACUUCAUAUUAGAUUUGAAACUGGUUUUGUUCCUCCUGGUUUUUUCACUCGUUUUGUUGCUGUUCUAGCUGCUCACCCAAGCACAACCCUGUACCUUGAGGAAGGAGUGUAUAGGAAUCGUGUUACCUUUCGUUACCAGGAGGAAAGGAAUAGAAGCAUUGAACAUUUAACAGUAACAGAUCAACAUGAUGCAAUUCAGAUCAAUGUCCAUCGUGCUACCUCUCGUUCUGAUCCAGUUCCUCUUGCCAAUGUAUGUCAAGUUAUCUUAGUUCUGUUUGAAGAUUCCGCUAAAGAAGUGGAGAACAUUCUUCGAAAUUGCAUUGGAAGAGGUUUUGAAGAAUUACCCAAAUAUUCUGUUUCAAGAUCACUGCAUUACGUCUGUGAUGGCUGUGACCCUGUCUCUUCUAAGCUUCAUUAUCUCACACCAGCAAAGUAUCAAACCAGUGACCUGGAGGUUACUUGUAAAGUAAACAGAACAUAUCGACCACUUACAGAGAAAGAAAAGAUUUGGUUUACUGAAAAAGUGUCAUUGAAAGAGGAGGAUCAGUUACAUAAAGCCAUUAUACCUGAUUCAGUAUCAUUUACUACUCAAAAAUCUGACCAGACUAGUAGGAAAAAGCCAAUUGGCAUAUUUGAUUCACAUUUACCUGAACUCUGUGAUGCUAUGGCCACAGACCAUGUUAUUAUAAGAGCACCAAUGUAUUUCAUAAAUGACAUCAGUAAGCCUGUAUUUGAUAAAGUUAGAACCCCUGCUAUUCCUCCAUAUGAGAGAGCACAGGCAUUUCUGAUGGAAUUACGACGUCACCUCGAAGCAUCCAGUGACCAGCGCCAGUAUCUACUUAAUCUAAUUAGCAUAUUCCACAAAAUUAAUGAUCCAAUAUUGUCCAAGAUAUUGCUAAAAGAUUUUACAAAAGUACUAACAGGGUAUUAUUAA